AUGAGACCCCGGCAGAUAUCUAAGACUGGUUUGAUGAGAACGGCUAGCGUAGGGGCUCAGCAGCCAAUCUCAUCAAAAAUAGGAAACCCUCAAAUAAUCGGGCCGCUAUGUAGCCUUGCAUGGCUAGCAGAACUUGACAAGCUUGUCGAAGCCAUCAACGACCCUUCAUAUCUUAUUGAGGAUGACAUCGAGAUCGUUCCUUUUGAGACAAUUCUACUGUGCCAGUAG